GACGCAUCCUGAAGCCAGCUUAUCGAGAGACCCACGCUUAGUUUGUUUGCAACGUCCGCGCCAUUCACGCGCAGUUUGACAAUUAUUUAUUAAAACAUUUCAUAACUUUUUAAUUCACAAUAUUUCAAUCAAAUCGGGACGAGAGUGGAUUAAACAACAGCUUCUUCUAAUGUGAUACUAAGAUGGCAAGAAACGAGCGACGUGGUCUCCAGUAUGGAAAUGGCAGCGGUCCGUCAGAGGUUUCAUCUCCCAAGAAAAGAAAGUGUAGUCGCCUACCACAAGAUGCAGAAUAUCUAGCGAAGAAAAAAAAGUUUGAUGAACUUAAAUCUAAAUUAUCAAAAACUAGAGCAGAACUCCGUGAUAUUAGGAUCUCCAAACGGGUAACGAGCAAAAAAGAAUUAAUACAAAGACAACAGGAGCGGCUGCAAAAUAACGUAAAAAAAUUAAUAGAUUUCGCAAAAAAGAACAGAAUUGAUAUUUCUAAUUUAAAAACACAAGAUAUUAAAGAAAAGAAUCACGUGGAAAACAAACAAAAUGAAAAAAACAAGCAAUUGAAAAGUAAACGAAAUCAAGUUACAGAUAAUAAAAGCGUUGAAGCAAUGCGAAAUGAGCAUGAUUUGAUCAAACAACAAUCUGAAAAGAAACUGAGAGAUUUAAAAAAUCAUCACGUUAAGGUAAUUAAAAGAAUUAGAGGUGAAAUUCAAACAAUUAAAAAACGAGAAGAACUAGUUACUAGUACUCUUAGAUCGGUUCAGAAGAAAUUAGAUAAUCACUUGAAAAUAAAAAAGAAGAACUAUGCUAUUAAAAUACGAGACUGGAAUCAGAAAAAAAACGAACUUAAGCAGAAAUAUCUUACGGUUAGUUCUGAGCUAAAUAAAAAAAUUAAGAAAUGUGUAGAAAUUGAAGAAAAAAUGAAAAAUGAAAUCGAUGAGAAAAUUAAAAUGCUUAAUCGCAAAGAAACACAUGAGAGAGAGAAAAUUACACAAAGAAUUGAACAAUUGCAAAAAACUUAUUAUGAUAAAGAGGAGGAAUUUCAACGGAAUAUUCUCAUUUUAAAACAACGUGAGCAAAAGAUGAAAUGUGAUAUAGACAAUAAAAUACGCGCUUUGGAGCAAUCGGAAGAAAACCAAGAAGCAAAAUCAAGAAAAACUAUUCAGGAAUUAGAAAACUAUUUAGCUCAAAAUCAACAAGAAUUUUAUAAAAAUAUAAAUCAACUAGACCAGUCCUUAGCGGCAAAAAAAGAUAAAAUAAGGAAAGAAAUAAAGAACUAUAAAGAAAGAGAAGCUGAGGCACGGUGUGAGAAUGAGAAAAAAAUUAAAGAAUUUGAGGAUCAAUUAGUUGAAGCUGCAAACCAAACCAAACAGAAUAUUGAACGAAUGCAGCAAGAAGCAUAUGAGAAAGAGAAUGAAUUUAAUAUUAAAAUAAAGGAAUUAGAAGCUAAGGAAAAUAAAAUAAAAACAGAUAUAGAAAGAGCAGUUCUUCAUUUAGAAAAAGCAUAUCAAGAUAAGAUGAAGACGAUGCAAGAAUCUGAAGUAAAUGUGCAACAUAUUUUAGAACAAAAUAUGCACUUUAUGCAACUAGAUGAGAUAGAGAGAAAAAUUGAAAAUGAACGAAAAAAUAAAGUUUUAAAAAAUGAUUUGGCAUUAGCGCGAGCUGAACAUAAUAAAAGAAUUGAACUCAUGAAAAAAGAUAAAACUGAAAAGGAGCAGCAAAUUAAAAUUCAAAUGAAACGUUUGCAAUUUAUGGAAGAAGUAACAAAGGCAAAUAUUAAAGGCUUAGAUGUUCAGUUAGCGAAAUAUACAGAUAAAAUUAAGAUAAAAGAAAAUUGUAGUAUAACAUUAAUAGCUGAACGACGAAAAGAAAUAGAAAAAGCUAUUAAAACAAUAACAGACACUCAAAAGAGUAACAAAAAAAUCUUAGAUGAAAACAUUAAUAAAUUAGAAAUCAAAUUGAUAAAACUACGAUCAGAUAUGGAGGAAAAAUGUAAGCUGAGAGAAGAAAAAGAGAGAGAAAUGAAAAUAAUGAAAGACAUUGAAACACAAAAGAAACAAGAAUUAGAAAAUACAGUUAAAGCAUUAGAAGAGAAAUUAACUACUUAUAGGAUUCAAUAUGAUGAAAGUAUUAAAACAAUGCAAAUGCAAGAAUCCAUCAAAAAUAAGGAAGUACAAACUCAAAUUGAAAGCAUGAGAGAAACCAAAGCUCAGAAAGAAGAAAUUCACAGGAGGAAUCUAGAGGCGCUUGAGAUGUUACUGAACAGUCACAAGGAGCAAUUUCAGAGAGAAGUUGAGGCUAUGCAACAGGUUGAGACUGAAAAGGCCCGUAUGAUUGAAAAUGAUAUUAAAUACCUUCAAGACACAGAAAAUAAAUGUGAAAGUGAGCACACUGAGACCGAUAAUAAUAUUACUACAACAAAACAGCAUGCGCAGACUGUACAAAGUAGAAGGGAAAUUGAAGACGAGAUACGAAACCUUCGAAAACACGAAGAAAAAGUGCACGCUGAGACGAAUAGCGACAUUGCUGCACUAUUGCAGGUAAAAACUGACAUUCGAAAUAAUAUAGCUCAAUUGGAGCAACAUUAUGCUGAGGUAAAGCAAGCACAUGAAGCAGAUAUUGAGGACUUGAAAAGACAGGAAGCAGAGGAAAAAGCUCUUGUUGCGGAGAAUAUUAAAGCGUUGCAAGAUGACUUGGCUUUGAGGGAAGAAGAAUUCCAUAAGGCCAUGAACUCUCUGCGACUACAUGAAGACGAGGUACGCAGAGAAAUUGAAGCGAAAAUUAAUAAAAUGGAUGAAGCUGAAAUGAGUAGGAGAGAACAAUACAAUAUAUUAAAAGCUCAAACUAAAUAAACUUUAGAGCGUCUCCUACAAGCUUUGGAAGUAAUAGCUAGGGUGACGUUAACGAUUUGACUUCUGCCUAUUAAAUUGUUAUGCAGUACUUAGCUGUAGCGAUUAUUGGUUUAACGAACCAUAUUUUUAUGGUUGCACAAUCACUAUAAUAUUGUUUUUAGAGUACUUUCUUUUGUAAUUUAACCAUGUACUGAAUUUGAACUAGAUGUAACAGUCUAUUAUUAAGUUUUUUUUUAAUAUUAAGUAAAUAUAUUAUUCCUUUUA